AUGUCCGGUCUUGAAGUCCCAGGGCUGGUACUAGGGGUUGUCGGUCUCGUUAUCGCAUUCAGGGGUGCUCUUGACACCGCACUGCUUAUUGAGUCUUUCUUUGACGACACUCGGAUGGACUGCGGAUAUCUGGCACUGUGCUACCACAUUGAGAGGACUCGUUUACAAGUCUGGGGAGAAUUAUGCAACGCUAAUGAUGAAUCCCAAUCGGACAAAUGCACCCUUCGUGAUCUUCCAGACUACCUGAAAACGUUGAUCGUUCGGAUCCUCGGCGAAAUUCAGAAGCUUAACGAAGAAGCCAAUGGCCUGAUUUUCAAAUACAAUAUCGACUUGGCGACUCUCCCAACGCUGGAUCUGGAUGAUAACCUAGCCAUCGAUCGGGCGUUGCCAACGGCGUUAUCCAAGAAGACCAAAAAGGCCAAGUCCCGGGUCCGCUGGACAAUCAAAGGGAAAUCAGAAUUUGAAGAAGUCAUUACAAAGCUUGGAAAGCUCAUUAGUGAUCUCCACGGCCUUAAUGUACAUUCCGGUGAAUCACGGCUCCCAGAAAAAGCGCUUCCACCUCAAGUUCUCGCCCCUCUCAACCCAAACCUACUACAGAUUCUAUACAACCCCCAGAAUCAAGUCAAUCGUACGUUAGCUCUAGCUGCUGAAGCCAAGAGUCUCAAUAUAAAGCUUGGCCGUGGAUCGAGAUCAGCUACCGCGAUCACUAGUCGGGAGUUGCAAUUCCGAGAAGGCUCAUCGCUCACUGGUGUUCUCUUUCACCGAAACGGACAGGUACUACCUAUCUGGGUAGAGUGGAAUAGUUUGAACCCAGGGCCCGGAUCCGACAGAUAUAUUACGCGUAUUAAGUCGUUGGGCUACGUCCUAGAACGAGUCAGCCAGCCUGAGCUUUGCCUACCCCCUUGCUACGGGGUGUAUGAUGACCUCAAAUACGAGGCCGAGCAUGGGUCUAAACGUCUAGGCUUUGUGUUUGGUCUACCGCAGUCUGGUUCCUCUAAUCGGUUACAAUAUGAGGCGAAUAUCCAGCUCUAUCCUCCACAAAGCCUAAAGGGCCUUAUCAAAGAGGAGAAAAGUGCCGCAAUCCCACAUCUUGGAGAUCGCUUUCGCUUGGCAUAUCGUCUAGCAAGUGCCUUUAGCCUUUUCCACGCAGCCGGUUGGCUACAUAAAGGCAUGCAUAGUGAUAAUAUUCUCUUCUUCCAACAGGCUAAUGGCCUUGGCAUUACUACUCUCGAGCCGUUCAUUACCGGGUUUCAGUAUUCUCGACCGCAGGAUGCGAUUUCCCUAUCUCGUGGACCUCUCGAAGACACCGCACUAGACCAUUACUACCACCCUGACGCGCACCUAGGGUUUUCCAAGGUGCGGGAUCUCUACAGUCUAGGUGUUAUAUUAUGUGAAAUUGGACGAUGGGCCCUUGUGGCCGAUACAGUGACGGAGCGGAGGAAGAAAAAGCUGACGAGUCGAAAAGCAUGGCAGGAGUAUAUUAUCAACAACGUCGUGGAAGAUCUGGGCUGGAGGAUGGGGUAUCUGUACCAAAGUGCAGUAAGGACUCUUCUCGAUUCCAGCCUUCCAACUGAUGAUCUUGGAGACGCAGUCUUUGCGCAGCAGUUCUUGGAGAGAGUGAUUCAACCGUUGAGUUUGUGUACUGCGUGA